CACCAGCAUGACAACGUGUGCUGAGUUCCUAGAAAUUCACAGGUGAUUGCGCAUCAAAAGCAUACGAGACGAACAUCCGGACCUGUCCAUGAAUUGUGAUGGGGCUUUUUUCGAGAAUCGAAACAGAGUAUCGAGAGUACUGCACGAAGAUAGCUCUGUCAGUUCAAGUAUCAGUAUCCUGCUCGAGGAAUCGAGGUUCCGGACCUGUGUAUACUGUUGAUAAAUCGAGGAACUCUUGUCAAUCAUGGGACGGCCUUCAUCGGGUGGUCACGACCGCAGCAGAAAUUCGAAAGCCAAUGUCUGAAGCUGAUACUAUAGCAUGCGGCCAUAAUUGGGAGAUCGCCGCGUCGCAAUCCUUCCUGCCUGAUAACAUUUGCAUACGCUGAACAUCUCCGAUGCCAAAGGAAUGGCAUGAUACAUUUAACCGCAUAUCGGAGUCUGCGGGGCUGUGAUGUGGAU